UGUCAAAUGAUCGUGCUAGGUGUUGAUUUGCAGCUGUUGAAUAAUAGUGUUUUGAAACAUGGCGCUAACAUUGACAGAAGAAAUAAUUCGAAAUAGAGUUAAUUUACAACAUGACAAUUUAGAGGAUGUAAAGGCAUUGUCUCUGCCAGGGACUUACCAUGAAAAAGUUGUAGAACUAGGAAGUUCCUUUAGAAAAUUCUCCAGACUAAAGUCCCUUGAUUUAUCAAGAAAUACUAUCACAUGCUUAAAGGGAAUUGAACAUCUGAAGCUUCUGGAAAAACUGAAUCUAUACUACAAUAGCAUUGAAAGUUUUGAGGAAUUAAAGCGAUUAAGGUUCAACACUAAUUUAAAAGAACUUGACCUUCGAUUGAACCCUGUUACUAGGACUGAAGCAGACUACAGACUAUAUCUUAUUCAUAUGCUGCCAAACUUACAGAAACUAGAUGAUAGAGGUGUUAGAGACAGGGAGAGACAAGCAGCUCUAAUCCAUUUCAGUUCAAGUCAGGCCACGGAGAUGACACCACAUGAAGAAAUUAUUGAACCUCCACAUAGACAGCCUAACCCUCGUGCCCAGUCUGUAAGGGGCAUGGGGAAAGGAAUGACAGCUUUAGAUGAUGACGAUGUAGCAGUAUUAGAUCUGAUAGCCCAUACAGGUGGGGACUUGAGUAAGCCUAGACAUAUAACGGGGUCCACUGCUAGAGAACCUAGUGCCGAGGAAUACUCACUAGAAGUUUUAAAAACCAUGGAAACAGUACCAGAAGAAGCUAUUGAGGAUAACCAUCAGACAAGGAAACAAACAGCAGACGGUCCAAUGGCUCCUCAUCAGAAAAAGUAUCCAAACAUUCCAGCUGGUCAUACAGGGUCAUAUGAUGUUGAUGGAACCAGACGAGAUGAAAACCUACAAUACCAGGAUGAAGUUGAUGCGUAUACUAAAUUCAAAAGUCAUGGCUACUUCACACCUCAUCCAGAGAAUGGAAGAGGAGAUAGAUCAGAGAGUCCUAGAAUACCUACAGAGAGACGACAUGGUGGUGAGGAGGAACCUAAUGAUCACAGAAGGACAAAGAGUGUACCCUCACACAAACUAAAUGAUUCCUUGGAAGAUUUUGGUAUGCAUAGAAUAGAAGGAGAUCGUCUUGAGAAUGGACAUCGGUCACUUGAGAGACCAAAGUCUGAAAAUGAGCCAGUUCAAGGAGAAACUCCAACGUACAAAGACUUUUUAUUUAAAAUGUGUGAUCUUGUAGAUAGAUACUGGAAUGGAACCAAAUCUUUACACAAAAAUCCAAAAUACAAAGGUUUUGCCUACAGUUUAAUACAGAAUCUUGGAAAAAAAUUUGGCGAUGAUUCUACAAGAGAAAAAAGAUAUGUGGACGAACAAUUAAAUCGACUGGAAGAAGAAAAUUAUCGUUUACGGAAGCAAUCCAACGAUACCAAAGCAACAUUAGCCGAUAGUACAUUUAAUGAAACACAGAUGAGAACCCAGUUAAGGAAAGCACAGACAGAUGUGGAUCAAUUGAAAGAGCAUUUAAAAAAGAUAGUGACGGAAAAUCGUGAUUUACAGAAGAAAUUAAAUGACACAGGGAAUGAAGUGUCGGCUGUAAACUCCAUGUCUUCUGUUAAUCAGACCCAUUUAGAUGAGUUACAAAGACAGAAUGAUGUGUUGAAGAAUGAAAACCAACUUUUACAAAUCAGAUUAAAACAACAUGGUCAAUUACAGGACCUUGCAUCCAUGUUACAGGAUAGUCACAAAUCACUUGUCACGACCAACGAUCAUCUUUUAAAGGAAUUUAACAACACUAAACAGAGACAUAACAAUGAAGUUCAGCAACUCAACUGGAGUUAUAACCAAUUAAAAAAAUCAAUGAACAUGUUAUCUACUCGUAAUGAGAGUAGUUAUCUACCGAGUGUCAGUAGGGAUCAUGGACAUAAUCCUGGGCUCUCUCGAUCAGAUCAAGUGCUAGGAUGUGCAACUCUGUAUGAUGGAAGAGAAACAUAGCAUAUUAAAUAAAGAUUUAUUUAAAUAUUCCAAGCAUUAUUGUGAUAAAGCUGCUGUGAAUUUUUUUAAUUUUGUUUCACAUAAAUUGUUUCUACUCUGACACACGAAAUGUAAGGUAAUGAAUGAAACACAUCUCAUUACAUUGAUGGAUUGCCUUAAUGUUUCUUUAAAAAUUCACUGAUUCACAUAAAACACUAAUUAUGAUUUGAUGAAGACCCGUCUUAGAAAUUUAAUUUUAAGUUCAUUCAGUUAAGUCCUAAUAAGCUGGUAGGGAAUGCCUCCAAAUCUAGAUAUAUCUAUAAAUACCAAACACAAACAUGAUUAUUUUGUUUAGUGAUUCAAGGUAUUUUAGAGAUGUGUUCAAAAGUUUUAAGCAUUUAGAUAAGUUAGGUAGGCACAAUCAUAAUGCAUAAGCAAGCAUAUUGUGAGUGCACACCGUAGCAUGUAAAAUUAUUGUUAGUAUUUUUUCACUUCUUACACUUUGUAGAAUUUUUUAUAGCAUCAUUUGACCUAUGUAUCUGUUCAGAUGUAUAACAACCAAUUUUGCAUAUAUCUUGUGAUUAAUAUGUGAACUUUUGAUGUCAUACAACAAUCACUUUUUCAUUGUGGCGUCUGAAAUUUUCUAUUGUGUUGUCAACAUUUUACGGAAACCUUUGUUAUUUCCAAUUAUCAGCAAUUAAGUGUAUUGUUUUAAGUAACUUAACAAUCAAAUAUCUACAAUUUUUUCUUAUAUUUUGGACAAAUUAUCAAAGAUCUUGUUUUAAACAAAGUUGUUAUGCAUUUAGCAAGUUGUUUUUACCAUAAAAAAAUAUUACAGUUGUGGCAAUGGAGAAUUAUUAUAAUUAUUAUUUAUUAGAUCUUUAUUUUGCAAUAUUUAAAGUAUUUACUUGUUUAGUUAGAUUUAUUGUAUUUAUUGCUGUAGAAAUUAUUAUGUUUUAUAUUCUUGCCAAUUUGAUUCCGUCCUGUAUUUUAUUAAAAUUUUCUUUCUAUAAUAUUGUAGCUAAUAUUUUAAAACUACAUAAAAGUUUAUUUUGAUGUAUGUGAUGAAAUGUGUAGUGUGGUAGGAAUGUGCUGUAAAAUUAGUGGGUUAUGUAUAUGCACAGACUAAUUUAAAAGUCAAAAUCUUUGUUAUAGGUUGUAGAUCAAAUGAAUUGGAAUAUGUCUUGCACUUAGUUUCUCUCACGAUUUAUGGUCUUUUUUAUUUUGUUCUGAAUGCAGUUAUGUCUUUUCAAUUUCUUUCCAUAUAUUUUUUUGAAGAUGAUUUAACUUUUGAAUAAUCUUAAGUUUUUUAUCUGACCCACGAACAAUAAGAGUUAGAAUCCCUUUAUGCAAGGUUUCUGUGUUAUGGUUAAAAGAUGGUAUCAAAUUAUUUCAUUUCUUUUGUUGGCGCUCUUUAUUCUGAUUUAUUUGUUUUUAGCAGUUUCAUAAAUUAAUUGGUUAACGUUUCGUUUUGAAUUUCUGACAAUUUUUGUUCAUACUGCAGAGCUAUCAUGCACAUUUUAUAAUUGUAUAUUCAUUAAAUUAUAGACAGAAUUACAGUAUUUGUUAGCUAGAAGAGAAAACCUCUGUAUAACCAGAUCAUUCAUUGAACAUUUCUCUUUCUACUGCAAUUUCUUUGGUGCUAUUUCAAGAUGAGAUCUGUUCUAUACUUAUCUAUAAUUUACUUUGCUGAUAACAUCUCGUUUUGUUUCUGUUUUGAAAUUUUAAAUAAGAACAUCUGUCUUGGAAUUUUUAAUAAUAAUUACUCAUUCUAUAUGGAAUGUACUGAAGCAGUGAAUAUAAAAAAUGGAAGCAUUUUGUUAUGCAAUAUUUUAUUUGAUGGAACACAUUGUUGAGUGUAAUGUAAAACUGAAAAGGUAGAAAGUAUAUGCGUCAUAUAUUUGUAUAUGUUUAGAUAAAUUAUUUGUGUGACAAAUAAAAUAUUUUUGUAAAUUUA